AUGUCAUCAAAACUCUUCGAAAUUUUCACUUUGCUUCUUUUAUUUAAUGUAUCUGGCAGUUAAUGUUGUUUGGCAAGAUAAGCAAAAAUCAAAUCAAUUAUUAGAGGCUAUAAAAAAAAUGUACUUCACUAAUGCAAUGGUGCUCUGAUCUCGUCAAAAAUAUUAAAUGGCUUCUUAGGAGGCAAUAAUGGAAGUUGCCUUCGAGAUACUAUCUAUACAUUAUUUACAUAUACAUGGAGUUCAACAGGAUAUUCAAUAACAUUUGAUUUAACACAAAAGUAUGAAUUAAAUACUUUGAAAAUCUGGUUUUGGGAUGGAGAUAAUCGGUUUUACAAAAUUCAAAUCUACAUUAUUUUAGAAAGUUCAGAAACUUAGAUUUAUGAUAAUUUUGUAUAAAGUGUAUUUACAAUAUAUUUUCCUGAUCAAAUGGUUAAAGGUUUCAGGAUACUGAAUGUUGCAGGCAAUACAUAUAAUUCUUAUUUACAUCUCAUAAAGAUGGAAGCUUAUUAUAAAGAGAAUUUAUUAAAAUGA